GAUGAGAUCGUUGAAAGUGCUCCUACAACCGAAUCGAACGGUUUUCAUACGCUGCAGGAUUAUAAGCCGCCAGUUGUUCCUAAUGAAGCUGAAUAUCAGGAAUGGCAAGAAAUCAAUUUUAACGGAUCAACCGCUAUGCUUCGUACAGACGUCACUUUGACGGCCGAAAUGGUCAAUGAGCACUUUCCGCCAUUCAACGUUCUUCAAGCUGAUCAUAAGGUUGGUGCAAGCUUUAGACGGUUACAUGCCAGCUCCGGCCCAGAAAUCAGUUUCCAAAUAUCAUGUUAA